AUGCCGUUUGGAGGCACACCACAGGCGGAUGAGACUGAUGGCGAUUCUUCUUCCGAUGUCCCACCCGUAGCCGUUGAGAGAAUCGAAGCCGAAGAUGUGCCUGAUAACGAGACGGUAUAUCUGACGAUGAGACGUAUUAAGAAGAUUGAGAACAUUGAUGUAACAAAAUGUCGAAGCUUGUCUGUAAUAUCAUGUAUUCUGGAAGACAUGCGAGGUGUUCAAGGCAUGAUUAAUUUGGAGGUUCUAGAAUUGUAUCAAAACCAAAUCAAGAAAAUCGAAUGUCUGGAAGGAAUGACAAAACUUGAGUAA